AUGGGAGAGGAGACGAACCAGCCCGGGGCUGUUCUGCGCACCCCCAUCGGGAAUGGGCUGGACUGUCACCCGGGUCUCUCACAGUCUCGGAAUGGGGCAGGCUCUAAUUGCACAUCAUUCUGGGGCAGCAGCCGAACCAGCAGCGCGACUUGGGAGCCUGGGCGACCUGGCCGGGGAGGGCUCCGGACCAUACAUUAUUCCUAUCACGAGCCUGAGAUUGGCCUAGCGGGCCGCACCCUGCGGAACGGGUGGAUCAUUGUCGAUGAUGUCGACGUUGACUCAGGCAGUCGGCGCAGUAAUCCCGGGUGGAGCGAACUAGGAACUAACGGCGCCAGGGCAAAAUCACGUUCACCGUCUGUCGGGGCCUUGGAUUCUAGGGGAGGGCGGGUGUCGGCGCAUCAAGUGACGGUCACGGAGUCUCUUUGGCGCCGUUGGAGCCUGGCGUCAGCCUUGAUGGACUCCAUUAAGAGUCAUCGACGAGUCAUCCUACAUUCUGCUGCCUACGUCGGACAUUCUGGAUGCUUCAUAUUCGGUCCGAUACGGCCUAUCGCACCCCACAACCCCCAUGUCCCACAGUGUCAUCCGCGAUGGAACUCGAGCAUCGAACGUCUCUCGCGCAGAAAUAAAGAAUAUUCGAGGCGAUCAGGUGGAUCGUCUCCCUGGGCAGAUCCAUCGAUAGGGUUCUGA